AUGGCCAGCCCACCGGCUGGGGGGCAACUUCCCCUCCCUAUCCAGAGCCUCUUCACCCCUUGCCCUGCUCCUCCAGCACCUGCCCCGGUGCCUCACGCUGACCCGGGACCUUCACCCCCGGCACCUUCACCCCAACACCUUAACCCCCAACCCCUUCACCCCAACACCUUCACCCCGGCACCUUCAACCCCGGCACCUUCACCCCCAACACCUUCACCCUCGGCACCUUCACCCAACACCUUAACCCCCAACCCCUUCACCCCCAACACCUUCACCCCGGCACCUUCAACCCCUGCACCUUCACCCCCAACACCUUCACCCCCGGCACCUUCACCCCCGGCACCUUCACCCCCGGCACCUUCACCCCCAACACCUUCACCCCCGGCACCUUCACCCAACACCUUCACCCCCAACCCCUUCACCCCCAACACCUUCACCCCCGGCACCUUCACCCCCAACACCUUCACCCCCGGCACCUUCACCCCCAACACCUUCACCCCCAACCCCUUCACCCCGGCACCUUCAACCCCUGCACCUUCACCCCCAACACCUUCACCCCCGGCACCUUCACCCCCGACACCUUCACCCCCGGCACCUUCACCCCCAACAUCUUCACCCCCGGCACCUUCACCCCCGGCACCUUCACCCCCAACAUCUUCACCCCCGGCACCUUCACCCCCGGCACCUUCAACCCCGGCUCACUUCCCAUUUCUGCCUGGACACAGUCCUGAGUCAUCCCACCUCCCCCUGACCUGGUCUGCCCCUUAA